AUGUUUCGCUUUUCCUUUACAUUAUACCAUUACCCACCCCUCUACCAGAUUCUAACCUUUUGGAUCUAUGUAAUUCCCUAUUCUCCCUCUUUCCAUCACCCCGCCCAAUUCUCCCUCUUUCCAUCACCCCGCCCAAUUCUCCCUCUUUCCAUCAUCCAGCCCCAUUCUCCCUCUUUCCAUCACCCUGCCCCAUUCUCCCUCUUUCCAUCACCCAGCCCCAUUCUCCCGCUUUCCAUCACCCCGCCCCAUUCUCCCGCUUUCCAUCACCCUGCCCCAUUCUCCCGUUUUUUAUCACCCAGCCUCAUUCUCCCUCUUUCCAUCACCCAGCCCCAUUCUCCCUCUUUCCACCCCGCCCCAUUCUCCCGCUUUCCAUCUCCCCGCCCCAUUCUCCCUCAUUCCAUCACCUCGCCCUAUUCUCCUGCUUUCCAUCACUCCGCCCCAUCCCUCUUUCCAUCACACCGCCCCAUCCAUCACCCCGCACCAUUCUCCCUCUUGCCAUCACUCCGCCCCAUUCUCCCUCUUUCCAUCACCCCGCCCCAUUCUCCCUCUUUCCAUCACCCCGCGCCAUUCUCCCGCUUUCCAUCACCCCGCCCCAUUUUCCCGCUUUCCAUCACCCCGCCCCAUUCUCUUGCUUUCCAUCACCCUGCCCCAUUCUCCCGCUUUCCAUCACCCGGUCCCAUUCUCCCUCUUUCCAUCACCCCGCCCUAUUCUCCCUCUUUCCAUUUAUCACCCAGCCCAUUUCUCCCUCUUUCCAUCACCCCGCCUCAUUCUCCCUCUUUCCAUCACCCCGCCCAAUUCUCCCUCUUUCCAUCACCCCGCCCAAUUCUCCCUCUUUCCAUCAUCCAGCCCCAUUCUCCCUCUUUCCAUCACCCUGCCCCAUUCUCCCUCUUUCCAUCACCCAGCCCCAUUCUCCCGCUUUCCAUCACCCCGCCCCAUUCUCCCGCUUUCCAUCACCCUGCCCCAUUCUCCCGUUUUUUAUCACCCAGCCUCAUUCUCCCUCUUUCCAUCACCCAGCCCCAUUCUCCCUCUUUCCACCCCGCCCCAUUCUCCCGCUUUCCAUCUCCCCGCCCCAUUCUCCCUCAUUCCAUCACCUCGCCCUAUUCUCCUGCUUUCCAUCACUCCGCCCCAUCCCUCUUUCCAUCACACCGCCCCAUCCAUCACCCCGCACCAUUCUCCCUCUUGCCAUCACUCCGCCCCAUUCUCCCUCUUUCCAUCACCCCGCCCCAUUCUCCCUCUUUCCAUCACCCCGCGCCAUUCUCCCGCUUUCCAUCACCCCGCCCCAUUUUCCCGCUUUCCAUCACCCCGCCCCAUUCUCUUGCUUUCCAUCACCCUGCCCCAUUCUCCCGCUUUCCAUCACCCGGUCCCAUUCUCCCUCUUUCCAUCACCCCGCCCUAUUCUCCCUCUUUCCAUUUAUCACCCAGCCCAUUUCUCCCUCUUUCCAUCACCCCGCCUCAUUCUCCCUCUUUCCAUCACCCCGCCCUAUUUUCCCUCUUUCCAUCACCCCGCCCCAUUCUCCCGCUUUCCAUCACCCCGCCCCAUUCUCCCCCUUUCCAUCACCCCGCCCUGUUCUCCCGCUUUCCAUCACCCCGCCCCGUUCUCCCGCUUUCCAUCACCCCGACCCGUUCUCCCGCUUUCCAUCACCCCGACCCGUUCUCCCGCUUUCCAUCACCCCGCCCUGUUCUCCCGCUUUCCAUCACCUCGCCCCAUUCUCCCGCUUUCCAUCACCCCGCCGCGAACUCCCGCUUUCCAUCACCCCGCCCCAUUCUCCCUCUUUACAUCAUCCGGCCCCAUUCUCCCUCUUUCCAUCACCCAGCCCCAUUCUCCCGCUUUCCAUCACGCCGCCCCAUUCUCCCUCUUUACAUCACCCCGCCCCAUUCUCCCUCUUUCCAUCACCCAGCCCCAUUCUCUCGCUUCCCAUCACCCCGCCCCAUUCUCCCUCUUUCCAUCACCCCGCCCCAUUCUCCCUCUUUCGAUCACCUCGCCCCAUUCUCCCGCUUUCCAUCGCCCCGCCCAAUUCUUCCGCUUUCCAUCACCCCGCCCCAUUCUCCCUCUAACCAUCACCCCGCCCCAUUCUCCCGAUUUCCAUCACCCCGCCCCAUUCUCCCGCUUUCCAUCGCCCCGCCCCAUUCUCCCGCUUUCCAUCGUCCCGCCCCAUUCUCCCACUUUCCAUCACCCCGCCCCAUUCUCCCUCUUUCCAUCACCCUGCCCCAUUCUCCCUCCUUCUAUCGCCCCGCCCCAUUCUCCCUCUUUCCAUCGCCCAGCCGCAUUCUCCCUCUUUCCAUCGCCCCGCCCCAUUCUCCUUUUUUCCAUCGCCCCUCCCCAUUCUCCAGCUUUCCGUCACCCUGCCCCAUUCUCCCUCUUUCAAUUGCCCCGCCCCGUUCUCCCGCUUUCCAUCGCCCCGCCCCGUUCUCCCGCUUUCCAUCACGUGCCCCAUUCUCCCGAUUUCCAUCACCCCACCCCAUUCUCCCGCAUUCCAUCACCCCGCAUCAUUCUUCCGCUUUCCAUCACACCGCCCCAUUUUCCCGCUUCCCAUCACCCCGCCCCAUUCUCCCUCUUUCCAUCGCCCCGCCCCAUUCUCCCGCUUUCUAUCUCCCCGCCCCAUUCUCCCGCUUUCCAUCACCCCGCCCCAUUCUCCUGCUUUCCAUCACCCCGCCCCAUUCUCCCGCUUUCAAUCACCCCGCCCCAUUCUCCCGCUUUCGAUCACCCCGCCCCAUUCUCCCGCUUUCCAUCACCCCGCCCCAUUCUCCCGCUUUCCAUCGCCCCGCCCCAUUCUCCCGCUUUCCAUCGCCCCGCCCCAAUCUCCCGCUUUCCAUCACCCCGCCCCAUUCUCCCUCUUUCCAUCACCCCGCCCCAUUCUGCCUCUUCCCAUCGCCCCGCCCCAUUCUCCCUCUUUCCAUCACCCCGCCCCAUUCCCCCGCUUUCCAUCACCCUGCCUCAUUCUCCCUCUUUCCAUCGCCCCGCCCCAUUCUCCCGCUUUCCAUCGCCCCGCCCCAUUCUCCCUCUUUCCAUCACCCAGCCCCAUUCUCCCUCUUUCCAUCACCUUGCCCCAUUCUCCCUCUUUCCAUCACCCAGCCCCAUUCUCCCUCUUUCCAUCACCCCGCCCCAUUCUCCCUCUUUCCAUCACCCCGCCCCAUUCUCCCGCUUUCCAUCACCCCGCCCCAUUCUCCCGCUUUCCAUCACCCCGCCUCAUUCUCCCUCUUUCCAUCGCCCU